AUGGAGCAAACACACCAAGAGGACCAGAAGAAGACUAUUCCGGUACCAAUCCCAGCCAAUCAAGGCAAUACCGUCCUCAGACGCGGCCAUGGCGUCAGGGUCGAGAAAAGGGGCAGAACUGAUUGGCAUGACGACGACGAAGACCAAUAUACUCGUCUCAAGAGACGCCGAGGACCGUUGAGCAGAUUUCGAGUGAUUCUUGUCGUCAUCGUCAUUGCAGUUGUCCUUUUCGUGUCGGCAGCCCGACUCAUUCGGACGUACCGCUCGUACCGGCAAACCGAGCUGGCAAAGCUCACGAGUUCAAGGCCGGUAACGGCCGUCAAUGGGGCUCUUGACCUCCCGCGCCUCUAUCCUCCUCUGGCGCGUAGAGAGCCGACGAGCGGCUUAAGGGACUGCCAGGCUGCUUGGGACGCUUUGGUUUCAGUGCCAUGUCAUGCGCGGAUCUUCAGUCGCGAUUGGGACAAUGGGACCUGGCGACCGUUGAUGACCCCGUCGCCGCUGCGAUAUGUCCCCCAACUCUGCCAACCGGAGUGUCGAAGGACGCUGAAGAGUUCAUCGGAGGAGAUAUCCGCAAAAUGUACUGCUGACAUGGUCUUCAAUACCACUGCCUACCAUGGCAUAUUCAACACGACGUGGCUGGAGUCCGGGCCCGCUGAGGCGCUCGAGGUCAUCCUUCGUCGCAACGAUCACUCUUGCCGGCCAAGCGAGGGUAGUGGGUAUGAUUACUGUCUCAUUGAGAUGACCGAGAGAUGGGGGAUCAUGGAUGGUAUGAACCACGCCAACUUGCAGGGCAUCGGCACGUUUCUCCACGCCACCUCGAAGCGGCGGAAGGACCCCGGAGGUGUGAAGACUGGCACAAGAGGUAGCGGUUCCGAUGGAGGCUGGAGUACAAAGUACCGGUUUAACACUCCACCUCUCAGCUACGGACCGGGCAUGGGGGAGACUGACUGCGGCUCGUGCACGCUUCAGUGGUUUGAACAAACGCUAAAUGCUUGGGAGCCUUCUCGGAUCAUCAGUCCCGAUACCGAUCUGGCGAUAUCCUUACCGGAGCAUCUCCGUAGGCUGAGGCAAGCCGGGCAGAGAUGUGAGAGCGAUCAAUGGAAUAGGAUAUGGACUGAAGGAGUCCAGAGAUAUGUCAAUGACGCGAGUAUCUCCAAAAACUGGGAAGAUCUUCCAUCAGGUGAUUAUGGUUGGACUCUCCGGAACGGUCUCUCGGUAGGAGAUAAGCCGCUGCCUGAUCUUCGGGCAGCGAAAGAUUUGAUCCUCGCAAGCGGGACACCUCAAAUGUCGACGCCACCAGCCUAUGCUGUCAAGUGCCUGGAAAAGCUCCACGAGCACUUGAUCAGCCUUCCCUGCGACAUCCAUCUGACUGAAUCAGAGAUAGGCCAAGUAGUACGGUCGAAAAAGCACCUGCUCCAAGACUUUUGCCGGGACGAGUGCAGCCAAGCGCUUAGCGAGGGUGGCCCGGCACUCCAGGUCUGUCAAUAUAAGAGGAUCGAUCGACACGAGAUUGCAGGUCCAUUGGUGUUGGCAUACAACGAAGCCAAAGCAACGCGGUCUGCUGUCUGCCGCAAGGCUGGGAGGCAAAACACUCUGUGCGCUCCGGUUUUUAUGGGCCUCGGCCGCCCGCAAUGGGCGCAUGCAGGUGAAGUAGGACUCGCCGACAUUCAGAGCCUCGUCGACGGGUUCGCGCAGCAGCCGAUCCCGGAUGUUGUCGAAGCUGCAGUCAAAGAAAAAGGCAUCACCUCGACGGAAGAGGAAGCGCUGCGAAAGGAGCUCCCCAACUGGCACAAGGACCUCGAAGCGGGGGCUUGUUCGCCCUGCGUCUGGGAGAUGGUGGUCGGGGACGGAACCAUCUCUAGCGCGGAGCAGAUCCUUGGGCGCGUGGAGGACAUCGAGGGCUUCCUGGCGUUCGCGGGCCGUUUCUACAAUGCCUGCGUCGACCGCGGUGCCACGUGGAUGGGCGGCCUGCCCUACGGCGGGGACGAUGUUAUCUGGCGUACCCAGGAGGUCGGCGGCAAGGUAUCUCGGUGGAUUGUGGAUGAAUCCAAGUAUGGUCGCAUCCGUGGGAGGUGGCUCAGGGGCACAGAGGGGUCCACGGAUCUCGGAUGGUUGCGAGGUACAUAUGGCUCGAUAUGGCAUCUACGUGCUGCCGCCCGCCGGGUGAACGCCGAUAGAGAGGGCAGACUUCUGGACCUGGUGGCGUGGGAAGCAAAACACAGAAGCGAAGAGGAUGCAAAGGUAUGGGCAUCUGACGAGUGGGGGGCGUGGGAGUGGAAAGGAGGCCAGAAAAUUCAAGACGCAUAG